AUGAUACAAAUCAAAUAUACCGCCAGGUUCCAAUCUAUUUUCGUAGCCAUUAAGUGGAUAUUCGUAUUUGUUCAAGGCUUCUUAUUUUUCUUUCUUUUCUUUCUUUCUUUUUCUUUCUUUCUUUCUUUCCUCGUAUCUUCUUUCUUUAUUCUUUCUUUCUUACCUAGUUAUUUUUUUCUUUCUUUCUUUCUUUUCUUUCUUUCUUUAUCUUUUUCUUUUUUCUUACUUUCUUUAGUUUUUUUUCUUUCUUUUUCUUUUUUCUUUUUUUUCUUUCUUUUUUUUUCCUUAUCUUUCUUUCUUUCUUUUCUUUCUUACCUAGUUAUUUUUACUUUCUUUCUUUUUUCUUUCUUUCUUUCUUUCUUUCUUUUUUUCUUUCUUUCCUUUCUUCUUUCUUUCUUCUUUCUUUCUUUCUUUUUUUCUUUCUUUCUUUCUUUUCUUUCUUUCUUUCUUUCUUUUUUCUUCGUUUUUUUCUUUCUUUCUUUCUUACCUAGUUAUUUUAUCUUUCUUUCUUUCUUUCUUUCUUUCUUUCUUUCUUUCUUUCUUUCCUCGUUUCUUCUUUCUUUCUUCUUUCUUUCUUACCUAGUUAUUUUUACUUUCUUUCUCUUUUUCUUUCUUUCUUUCUUUCUUUCUUUCUUUCUUUCUUUCUUUCUUUCUUUCUUUCCUCUUAUUUUUUCUUUCUUUCUUUCUUUCUUUCUUUCUUUCUUUCUUUCUUUCUUUCUUUCUUCGUAUCUUCUUUCUUUCUUCUUUCUUUCUUUCUUUCUUUCUUUCUUCGUAUCUUCUUUCUUUCUUCUUUCUUUCUUACCUAGUUAUUUUAUCUUUCUUUCUUUCUUUCUUUCUUUCUUUCUUUCUUUCUUUCUUUUCUUCUUUUCUUUCUUCUUUCUUUCAUACCUAGUUAUUUUCUUUCUUUCUUUCUUUCUUUCUUUCUUUCUUUCUUUCUUUCUUUCUUUCUUUCUUUCUUUCUUCGUAUCUUCUUUCUUUCUUCUUUCUUUCUUACCUAGUUAUUUUUACUUUCUUUCUUUCUUUCUUUCUUUCUUCUUUCUUUCUUACCUAGUUAUUUUUACUUUCUUUCUUUCUUUCUUUCUUUCUUUUUCGUAUCUUCUUUCUUUCUUCUUUCUUUCUUACCUAGUUAUUUUUUUACUUUCUUUCUUUCUUUCUUUCCUUCGUAUCUUUCUUUUUUCUUUCUUUCUUUUAUUUUUUUCUUUCUUUCUUUCUUUCUUUCUUUCCUCUCUUCUUUUUCUUUCUUUCUUACCUAGUUAUUUUUUCUUUCUUUCUUUCUUUCUUUCUUUCUCUUUCUUUUUUUUCUUUCUUUCUUUCUUUUCUUUCUUUCCUUCUUUCUUUUUUUCUUUCUUACCUUUAUUUCUCUUUCUUUCUUUUUUCUUUCUUUCUUUCUUUCCUCGUAUCUUCUUUCUUUCUUCUUUCUUUAUUACCAAGUUAUUCUUUCUUUUUUCUUUCUUUCUUUCUUUCUUUCUUUCUUUCUUUUUCUUUCUUUUCUUUCUUCUUUUUAUUUUCUUUUCUUCGUUCUUUCUUUCUUUCUUUCUUUCUUUCCUCGUAUUUUCUUUCUUUCUUCUUUCUUUUUUAUCUAGUUAUUCUUUCUUUCUUUCUUUCUUUCUUUCUUUCUUUCUUUCUUUCUUCGUAUCUUCUUUCUUUCUUCUUUCUUUAUUACCUAGUUAUUUUCUCUUUCUUUCUUUCUUUCUUUCUUUCUUUCUUUCUUUCUUUCUUUCCUUGUAUCUUCUUUCUUUCUUCUUUCUUUCUUACCUAGUUAUUUUCUCUUUCUUUCUUUCUUUCUUUCUUUCUUUCUUUCUUUUCCAGAUUCUUCCUUUCAUACACCGGUGGGGACUUGUUUAUUUGUAUCAUUAUUACCGUUUUUGUUUAUCACUCUCUCUUUCUAAUCGUAUCCUAUCCUAUCCUAUCCUAUCCUAUCUAUCUAUCUAUCUAUCUAUCUAUCUAUGUAUCUCACUCUAUGUCAUUAUAUCCACUAGUCUUUGUUUGAAAUACCAAGCUUCUUUCUUUCUUUCUUUCUUUCUUUCUUUCUUUCUUUUGUCAAAUCAAAUUCAUUUUGCAGGUUUCCUCCCUUUAAUUAUUUUUCUUUCUAAUGUACAAACAUCAUUUUAUUCGUUUCUUUGUUUCUUUGUUUAUUUUAACAAACAACUUUUCUUUCUUUUAAUCAAAUUUCUUUUAAUCUAUCUAUCUAUCUAUCUAUCUAUCUAUCUAUCUAUCUAUCUCACGCUGUUCUUAUCUCUCAGUCUGUUCAUAUCAACUUUUUUAUCUAUCUAUCUAUCUAUCUAUCUAUCUAUCUAUCUAUCUAUCUAUCUAUCUAUCUAUCUAUCUAUCUCACUCUGUUCAUAUCUCUCUCAGUCUGUUCGUAUCUAUCUAUCUAUCUAUCAAUAUAUCUUACUCUGUUCAAAUAUCACCCAGUCUGUUCAUUUCUAUCUAUCUAUCUAUCUAUCUAUCUAUCUAUCUAUCUAUCUAUCUAUCUAUCUAUCUAUCUCAUCUCACCCUGUUCUUAUCUCUCAGUCUGCUCAUAUCAAUUUUUUUAUCUAUCUAUCUAUCUAUCUAUCUAUCUAUCUAUCUAUCUAUCUAUCUAUCUAUGUUCAUGUCUCUCUCAGUCUUCUAUUCCUUUCUAUCUAUCUAUCUAUCUAUCUAUCUAUCUAUCUGUUUGUCUGUCUUAUCUAUCUGUUGUCAAAGCUUUCUUUCUUUCAUUUUUUACUUCUUUUCUCCUUUAUCUUUAUUUCCCUGUCUGUUUACAUCCCUGUGAAUCCUUUUUAG